GUCCGUGCAGUCGGAGCCCUGUCGAGCCGCAGAGCCGCACAGUGCACUUUUGCCUUAGAUAAAACCAAAUACAAUCCGCAUUAGCGAACAAUAAAUAGCAACAAAUAAUACUCCAAGCGCAUCUCCGUCUGCAUUUGUGUAUCCGUAUCCGUGUGUGUGUGUGUGUGUGUGCAUUUCCAGGGGGGUAGGGAGAUUAAUCCCCACUGACAGGGCCAGUGCCAGUGCCAGUGCCCCCAUCGACAUCGCCGUCGCCAUCGCUGCAGCAUAGAUACCUACAUUUCGGUGGGUGGGAGCGCAGAGUGGGAGAGCGAGAGCGAGCGAGAGAGCUGGAAAAGUGAAAACGUGAAAAAAGCAUUGAAUAAAGAAACGUAGCCCAGCACCGAGUAUACGGAGAACGGAACCAUGUCGACGCUUCCCUUUCUGCUGAGCGUCGCCGACGAGCUGGACAACAUCCACACGCAGUCGUACUUGGACGACUUUGGCCUGGGAUUCCAUCCGCAUCGCCAGUACUAUCGCUCCCCGACCAUCCAGCUCUCACUGCCAGCCAGUGCGGAAUGGACUGGACGCGGCGGCGGCGGCGGCGGCGGCGCCUGGGACCAGGGCCGGCACAGUCGCUACAGGAGCUACAAGUUCUACGACGAGUCGCAGAACAACUUCGCCGAGGAGGAGCAGCCCGAGGAGGAGGAGGAGGCUGCGGCGUACCAUGCGCAUCACGAGCACCAGGAAUUGCCAGAGAGCGUACAGCUGCAUCCAGAGACCUCCGUUGCCGCUUUGGCCGGCAAGGCCAAAGGACAGCCACAGCCACAGCCGCCAGUCAGUCAGUGUCAGUUGGCCACUGCCAGAAGGGGCCUGGGCAUGGUCAUCUCCAAGUCCCACGACGUGGGUGUGGGCGGCCUGGGGCUCAACCUGAGGGCCGGCGAGGAGGAGGACGACGAGAACAUCGAUCGCACCGUUCGCAUGUACAAUCUGUCCAAGAAAUGCUGCAAGAACUACUAUCGCCACGCGCUGGAGACCGGGCCGGGUGCCAGCGGCCAGCGGAUCAAGUGCAGCAACUUGCGCUCGGAGAGCCACCAGUCGAGCUCCAGCUCGGAGGAGAGCCUCCGCAAGAUGCCCUCGCCCAUUGAGUUUCUCACGUGCUUCCUGGUGAAGAAGUCCCGGACCCCCAAGUGCGGCCACUCCGGCCAUUCGGCGUGCACCGGCCAGCAGCUGAGGAAAUCAUAGAACACGGCCCGGCUGCUGCCUGCUGCUGCCCCGCUCUCGGCCAGAACCUCGUCGCUGACAUCAUCGACCAGUAUGACCAUGGGCACGGGUACAGUCACUGGCAGCGGCAGCGGCACGGGCACGGGCAC